UUAGUCUGCAUUCUUAUCCUAGAUUUACACUAUUAUCUCUUUGCAUAAUCAUUCAUAACUUUCUGAUGCGCUUGGAAUAGGUAACAGAGUUAUUGCUUAAUGAACUUUUGAUGGUAUCUCUUUGAUCUAGAGCUCACUUCAAUUGCCUGUUUUAUUUUUCUUUUUUGACCAAAACAAUGAUCACUUCAAUCACUUGUUGAGGACAUGCAUAUCCAAUGACUAAUUGCGGAUGCGGCUGUUAUCUCAAGCAGGAAAAGCCCCUCUCCACCAAGAUGUAUAUUACACCCAGAGACCUUUAGAGUUUGGAUCAUUUGAAAUUUUGGAUGGGAAGGCACACAGGCUAAUACUUAUUCUUAGGAUUUUUAUCAUAUAGAAGUAGGAUAAAUUAGAUUUCCUAAUUUGAACAUAUCUAGGUCUGCUAGCAUGUCAAAUAUCCAUUUCUUGGUACGAAUGACAUGACAUUGUUUUGAUCUAAUCAUGUAGAGAAAUUUGUGUGGUUUAUUAACCAUCCAUGUUCAUGUUUCUUGCUGGAAAUCAUUCAGAUAAAAAGGAAAUCAAUCAUCACGUCUAUGAAUAGAAUCAGAGUUUUUGCCUCAUUGUACAACUCAAUAUCAAAGAAAAAAGAAAGAAUAAGAGUUUUAAUAUAUUUUAUAUUUCACGAUUCUUGCACAUUAGGUUACAAAACUGAACACAAGAAAAUAAAAUCCAUAAUCAGAACUCUGCCCCCCCUUUUGACCUAAUCAAAGUGGAGUGAAAUCCCUGAGUUUUGUUUUUGGCUUCCUCCAAGGCUGUGAUCAAUUCUUGUACAUGGAAGACUUUGAUGUUAGAGGAUCAAUCAGCUUGCAGCUGUGCCUGCUUUCUCUAGACUUGCCAUGUAUGUCAUAUAGACAGUCCAUAAGUAUGAAAAUGAAUUGCUAACAAGUGGCUGCCAAAUUGAAACACCAAGAAUCAAAUUUACAAACUAAAGCUUGGCCACAUGGAGAGAACAAGAAAACAACAAAGGUAUGGGGAGCAUAGACAUACCUGUAAAUAGACUGGGAUGAAUCUGAAAGUAAUAAAAUCACAAAUGGGCCAGUACAUGACGCCAUUUAACAUCGUCGGAAGCAAAUCUCGCUUCAAUCGAGCAACAAUCUCAGCAUUACUUUCACCUGAGCACACAGUCAUGACAACCACUUAGAUAAACUACACAGCCACAUUUUAUUAUAACUUCUAUACUUUAGGUGCCAUUACUUGGCAGAAUGUAAUUUGGCUCUUAGUUCAAAUAAUAGACACAAUGACAUCUUUCUUGAUUUGCAGCCAACAAUAUGACCAAAAAAUUAGAGAGUUACUGAAAGUCUGAAACUUAUCUAUUGUAAAGCCUACUAAAGAAAACUAGAAAAGAACCAAGAAAGAAAAUGCCUCCUCAAACAAGUCUUAAAGUAGCAGUAGAUUAUCCUGGCCUUUACUUUUAGGUAUUAAACGAUGGUCAACAAUAGUUGAAAUCUUAAUAAUUUGAUCAAAUUAGCGCAUCAAUUUGUUUAAGAAAUUUUCAUUUAAUCAGGUAAACAUGUAACUUUGGUGCUGAGAGGAUAUGAAAACAAAAUAAUGGGGAAAUAAUGAAUCAAUUAAACCAGGAAAACCAUAGUAAAAAAGUGUUAAGUAAAAUUUGAUGUGAACUCAACAAACCAAUAACAUUCUUUUAUUAAUUAGUUCCAAUUUCAGGGAGACAUGGAGUUGAACGCAGCUUCUGGAGUUAGGGCAUGGUGCACCUCCAACCAACCGGAUCCAGAGUCCUGCUUCAUAAAAAUUCUAUUUGCCAUUCUGACAACCUAAUCAUUCUGGGAAAAUGCUGUGUAAAUUAGAUAAGGACGUUGUUCCUGUCUUCUAUGCUUCGCACCUUAGGCAGUUAAAUAGUUUCUGGUAAUC